AAUGUUGAAGGCACACUUCCUGAUUCGAUGACUCGUCUUCCUGUCGGAUGUUCUGAGUGGAAUCGCAGAGGAGAAGGGAGCUCUGGUCCGGUCCAUGGUAUCUGGAUCUCAGAGAAGAACGGAGAAGGGAACACAAGUCACAGAGGCAAAAUAUGAAGGAAUGGGUGGACAGCACAAUUACUUUGGUCUUUGGGUAGACAGUAAUUUUGGGACACAGCAAGGCCAAGCCCUGGUGUACCACCUACAACAGCCCUCAACUCUCUGCCAAGGAAGACUUGGAGAGUUGAUGCCAUGGAGGUGUGGGUGCUGGGGAACCUCCGGAAGACGCACCUUCCAAGACAAAGAAGAGCAUUUUAGAUGCUGAUCCAGAGGUGCAGGCAUUGAUGGAAAUGACAGGGAAGGUUCGUCAGAGCGAAGGGCUCUGGGAACCAGUGGAGGAGGAAGAGGAGGCUGACAAAUAAAUAAAGCUUCCAGAAAACGAAUCCUGUGAGAUUAACUGUGAAUACGGCAGAGUGGGGUGUUCCAAUUCCACUGUAUUCACAGGGCACCACAGCCAGAUCAAAUAGUGUGAGAAAUAUCUGCCGCCUGUUCAAAAUGGCCUCAUUGACUAUGUUUACAAUGUUUUUGUGACCCUCAAAGGAACAGUCUUAGUUAUUUUUUUAAUAUAUUUUUUACUAAUGAACUCGACAUACCAUCAUUGUACUGUAUGUUUCAAGAAUUUGGACGUGCCUUAUUUAGAAUUAUGAAUACAAUUUUAUUUUAAUGAUUAUUACUCCACAUCAAAAACAAAUAAUGCAUCGAAAGUCACUUAAAUUGGUUCAUACAUUUAUUUAUAAACAUAAAAUCUAAACUGGGGGGUGUGUGCGAGUGAGCUUUGGUCAUUGAGCUGAUAACUUCAAAUCCUGAUUUUUUUUUUUUAUUAAAUAUUUUUAAAUCGAAAAUGCUUUGGAGUUAGGAAUCCUAAAUAUUUUACCAGACAAAUUUAAGUGUCCAUCAAACAUGGUUAAAAAUGAAACCAGGCACUUUGAAGUUUGUUUUGAAACCAUGUUGUAGUAAAGAAUAGUGAGUCAGGGCUGAGGCCCUGCACAUGUGCCUAUACAGUAGUUUAAUUAGAUUUGUAUUUAUUGUAAAUAAUUCGAGCCAGACAAUUCAAGUGUAGUUUACAGGGAGUCAUAGCCGAGCGCUGGUGGCCUGUAGUUUUUUGACCGGCCGGUGGAGUUUCGCUAUAAGAAGGAGCCCCUGACACGCCUGUGUGCUGCUGAGCCAAGGCAAUUGCGUUUGUGCUGCGCAGCAGAAUGAAGCCUUUUCCUUUGUUGGUGAGUGACCAUUUUGAGUAAACCGCGUGUGAUGUCAGCGGGACUUCCAUUUUAGUAGGUGCAGCGCAUCGCCACUAGAUGGCAGCCUUUUAUUUUUAGCUGCUUUUGUAAAGUGUUUUUGUUUCACUAUUUUGUUUUGGUUUCCUGGACUCUUGUUUGAUAUUCUCCCAUUACUUACCAUUGUUGGAAGCGUUGCAUGGUUUUCUUUAUGCUAAAUAAAUCCUGACCGAUGUUUCAAUGUCA